ACUAACCGCUAACGAUCAACAUUGAAGGAUUUUUAUCACCCAUUAUAUUAUUUUCGUUUUACGAUUUUUAUACAAGUAUAUAAUGGAGUGCACUUUUGGAUUUCGGUUAGUCUAAAGAGCGUGUAGUUAUCGAUUAUUAUAAAUAAUUCGGGCGUUUCUUUUGAUAAGAGUUUAUAACAUGGGUCUUUUACUCCUCCUUCCCUUACUUUUGACAAUUAUAACACCGAACAUGGCGAGCACGGCCCUUCAAGAUGUGGUGCAAGGAAACAGCCAUUUCACUCAGAAAUUACACAGCGUUUUGGCCGCAGACGCGAAGCCUCAGGAAAACAUCUUUUUCUCCCCUAUAAGUGCACAUGCCGCCCUUUCUAUGACUUACCAGGGUGCCAGAGGUGCUACCAGUGCCGAAUUCGCUCAGGUUCUGAAUGUUAAGGAUCAGGCUACCGCUGCCAACGGGUGAGUUUAAUAACAUUUCAUU